AUGAGGUUCAUCAUUCCCGCUCUUGGCUUCGCCACGGCCGUUGCUGCCCACGGCUACGUCAACAACGCCACAAUCGGCAACAAGGACUACACUUUCUACCAGCCAUACACAGACCCGUACACGAGCCCCACGCCUCAGCGUAUCUCGCGUGAGAUCCAGGGUAACGGGCCCGUUCAGGACCUCACCAUCUCCGACAUCCAGUGCGGUGGAUACGCUGCUGGAGGCAUCAAUGGCUCCAAGCCUGCCGCUCUCCACGCUGCGGUCGCUGCUGGCUCCGAGGUCGAGCUCUUCUGGACUCUUUGGCCCGAGAGCCACAUGGGUCCUUCGAUCACCUACAUGGCCAAGUGCCCUGAUACAGGCUGCAACAACUGGAUGCCCGAGUCAAAGGCUGUCUGGUUCAAGGUCCAGGAGAAGGGCCGCACUGGUACCUCUGAUGUCUGGGGCUCCGACGACCUCCAGGUCGCUGGUGGCUCGGUCAAGUACACCGUCCCCAAGUGCAUUGCCAAGGGCAACUACCUCGUUCGUCACGAGAUCAUCGCGCUGCACGCCGCGUACGAGUACCCCGGUGCUCAGUUCUACCCAGGAUGUCAUCAAUUGACGGUAUCAUCCACUGGAACCACUGUUCCCACCGGUCUUGUGUCCUUCCCCGGUGCCUACAAGGCCACGGACCCUGGUAUUACGUACGACGCUUACAAAGCCUCUACUUACACCAUCCCCGGUCCCAAGCUCUUCACCUGCUAG